CGUAACAACAACAAUAACUAGGCGUGACAACAAUGUUGAAUUUCUUCACUACCUCGAAUGGUUUCCGCAGCACCCUGCCCGUUGUCUCCAAUCUGACGGCGAUGAAUGUGUGGGACGGAGUCUGCAUGUGCUUCAUUUACGCCUCUUUACUGGAGUUCGUUUGUGUCAAUUAUGUAGGACGUAAGCGUCCGCUGCACAAUGUCGUCUAUCGUCCGGGUGAAAAUCCCGUAACACAGGAAAUAAUCGAACAAGAAUUUCACGCUGCUUUGUCGUCUCCCAACGAAAAGGCGAGCACCAUCACCACGCCGGACAUGGCCGGUACGCCGCUCCCAAUGAGCUUAGCCGCGCCCAAAUCCACACCGGGCACACAAAGGCCUGCGGAGAACGAACUUCUUAGCGGCAUGCGGUGGCAAGAGGCGCAUGGUGGUAUCAUUGGUGCAGCAGUGCAAAAUUUGCGAGCACGUUCUAUUAAACGUAAAAGCGGCCACGAAGCCACAAGAAGCGCGUCAUCAAAGUCCACAUCGCCAGGUCUAAAAUCCACCUCAUUGGCUACCGAGCACAUUUAUGAAGAGCCUGAGCCGGGUAGCAAUAUGACAGCAAAUGUGGCUUCGACAAGUGUUAGAUUUGAAGAUGUACAGCAAAAGGAAAGCUCUCCCACGCUGCGCCGCUCUGUUGGCACUAGCACGCCAGCGUUGGUGGUGCGCAUCGAGCAAGAAAAGGAAGAACAAGAAGAAGGGGCGAAGGAACAGUUGAAGCUGCAACCAUUGCCAUUUAUCGAAAUGGCCGAGCGCCAGCAUCAAUUAGAAUUACCUUUAAAGCCGCCACGCAGAAAAUCUUCGCGUUCAAAUUCACCAAGCAGCGCCUACGCGGCGGAUAUGGAAGCAAGAAUAAUAAUCGGGACAAGGACAUCCGUGACUGAAGUGAAAAAUGGCGAAAAGCGACGUGACGCCGGAGCACCGAAUGAGAUUGUGGCAUGCACCACAUGCGGAAGCAGCAAUAGCCCGUGCACCCACUCCGCUAAUAAUGGAUGCGCCACGGAGACCUGCUUUGUUCAGAUGCGCAAGAAAGAGCCACCGCAUCCGAUACGUGUGGCGAAGACGAUUGAUGUCAUCGCGAGAAUAACAUUUCCAACAGCUUAUGCCAUAUUUCUCAUAUUUUUCUUUGUACACUAUAAGGGAUUUUCAUAAAAUUAAGCUAAAAGCAACAUCCAUUAACUUGCGCUUAAGGAAACAGCAUAAAAACAGCAUACAAUUAUUUGAUAAUCUAAAAAUGUGGAAAUACAUCUUAAAAGUCAUGACCAUAAAUGAACAAAAUUUCAAAGUUCUAAAGGUCUUGCAAAGCCAUUUAACUUAAAUUUAUUAAAGAAAACAACACAAACUAAUUUAUUUAAAAAUUAACACAUAAGUUAAAGCAUAUAAAAAGCAUAUAGUAAAGCAAAAACAAAACAAAGAACAAGUGAUAAACAACGCUAAUCGUCAAUAUAAAAAACAAGAACAACCCUAGUUAAAAAACAUAAAAUUUUUUAUUAAAAUAAAUAUACAAACGAAUUGUUUAUUAUUAAUAUAAUAUUAUUUAUACGACAUUAAAAAUAAACAAGCAAAACAGUAGCAGUCGGGUGCAGCCGACUGCUCAAUACUCUGUUCACAGUGUAAUUAUAGCUUAAAUUAGACAAACAAAAACCUUGAUGAUAAGUUGUUGGCUCUAAGAAUGCAAUUUCAAAACAUUGACUUUCAAACUGUGACUGCGAGAUAUCGAUCAUUUCCUUCGUUAGUCGGGGAGUGGGCGGAGCGGGAAUAUUGCCUACUCAAUCUUUAAUCCUUUAGGAUUUAGAGAUAGUCAGGAGAAGACUGCCUGCAAUAUUUGUGACUCUAGCUUUCAAAUUGUGUGAGGUCCAGAUUUCGCGGUUAGCCCGCCGCCUAGAUUACAUGGCCAAAAGUCUUAGCACAUUGUCUGGCACGGACGUACAUGGGAUACGGAGUUAUAUAUUUCAUGUUUGAAGAGUAUAAUAUUUUAACAAAGGUUGCGUUUAUUCAAACAAACGGACGGGAAGCAAGACAAUGCACAAAGCCAAUAUACUCAUUUUCAAUUUGUGAACAGAGUAAAAAUCAUACGUAUUGAUAUUCGACUGCUUGUUUAAAAACUGUGGACAAGAGACUUGCUUUAAAUCAAAUGUUUGGCAAGUUGGAAUAAAUAAUUAUUUUCAUAAAUAAUAUUUAAACCGAUAUUUUAAGAACUUAUGCUGAAAGUAUGUACCAAAAUGAAACGCCGUCUAAAAUAAAAGACCUUAGCAUAAAAAGCAAACAAAAAUCAGCUUUAAAGCUAUAAGUAUCUAACCGUAGUUGAAAAGAAAAAUAAUAAAAAGGUGAUCCAGGUUAUCAUCACACAAAAAUAGUAACAAUGAAUGAACCUUGCAUAAAAGUCGUAUUUAUACAUAUGAAGAUAUUAUACACAUAUGCAUAUGUUAUUAACAACGUUUCUAGUCAAAUAUUUUGCGUGAAAAUAAAUUUUGUUCAAUUACUUUAUUUAAUUUAAAGCCUUCAAAUAUUCAAGUUAUUAUUCUACACAUUUUGGGUUCCUCAAAAUUAUAUAUUUGUGUAUGUAUAGAAAUAUAGGUUUAUUUGUAUGCUCUGUUUCUAUUUUAUUUUUUCCUUAAAAUAAAUGUUUUGUUCUUUUCAGUGCAUUAGUUGCUGCCAACGUUAGUCCUUAUACUCUGUACCCAUUAAAAGUGGGUCAAAAAGUGCAGAAGAAAUCUCCUAAUAUUAACUUAUAUGUUAAAUCAGAAAGUUGAUAUUGGUCGUUAUAGCCAUGUCCACCUGUCGGUCUGUAUAAGCUCGCUGAUCUCAAAAAGUGCUAAGGGUCUAAAAUAUUGAAUAUUGUUUUACCUACAAAUCGAUUAAUAUCAAUUAUGAACUUCACUUUCUUGAGUAGAUGAGACAGAUUAUAAUAGUUGAAGCUAGGAUACAGAUUAACGCAUAUAUUAACAUUAUUUAAUGCCUUCCAAUAUUCAAAUUGAAUGGCCCGUGUUAUCAGAUAAGCACAAAACAGUUUGAGGAUCUUUUCUCAAAGCCAUGGCGUUAAGUGAAGAUUAAGCGUAACCACACAAUAUGUGUUUUUGUGAGAAAUGUAAUACGUGUAAGUAAGUACAAAUGUAAGAGGUGGGUACAGGGUAUCUACUAGUCGACCACGCUCGACUAGAGCACUAAUAUUUUCUUAGGUCUUUUGUAUUACUUAAGUGAAACAAGCCAGCAAUUAAGCAGGCGUUUCAUAAUAUGUUAAUCAUCUUCAAUAAUUUAUAAAUAUGUAUUUUAAUAAUGUCGUAUAUAUCCAAUAAUUGCACUCAAUUAAACCACACAAGAAAGGAAUUGGAUUCAACAAUAUAAUUAAAAACAUAUCAAAGCAAAUAAAACAGCAUGAAAGCAUAAUAUAAAAUAUAUUAAAUAUAAAAAAAAAGUUAAAACAAAUAAAAAAAAUGUAGAAGCUAUGUUAACUCAAUUAUAAACAACUCGCCCAGGUAUUUUAGAUACAAUUUACCUUAAAAGCAAAUAAUGCCUCACAACAUUUGCAUAUAGAAGACCAAAACUACACAACAAACCAAAAGUAUUUAAAAAUAAAAACAGUAUACUUAAAUUAAAACAUUUUAGCUAAACUAAUUCAAUCCUUAAAGCCUUGUGAUAAACUUAACAAAAAUUUAAAAAUAAAACCGUUGCAUAAAUA